UCUGCCUCCCGGUAUAAGUCCUGUCUCACCCCAAAGUCAGUUCCGUCUACUACACAAACGUGGUGGUUGCGCGCCGCGAUAUACGAUUCGUUCUUGGUUCGUUGUCGCUGAGCAGCCUUGCUCACUCACCUCUACUCUCCCCCUCACAUGCACCGUGCCACUAUCGCACGGCAUCCCGGCUUCUUCUGAGUGCUGACAUCCCCCGAAAAUAACAAGGCCAGAGUCACAUUCUGGUCCCGUCAGCCUGGAUCGAGGUAGAUUAGCCUGGGCCAAUAAUGGCUUAUACGGCCCCCAAUCCUCUUGCUGUCGAACCCAUGAGCAACGAAGUCGAUACAACGAUCCCAGACUCCCCCUCAAGUCUUCCUCAGACACCCCGCAACACCAGAUCCUCGUGGGUUGCUCGCAACAGAAACAAACUUCUUAGGCGUAUCGCUCUCUUCAAGCCACCCAAGAUGGAGGCACCCAUGAUAGCCUCGACUUCAUCUACGCCUACAGACAAUCAACACAUCGGAACAGAGUAUGUCUCUACCCAACAUGAGGAACCUGCUCGCUCUGUUUCCCCCGAUUCAGCGUUAAUCGGCAUGGGCCACGAUGGAACACACGGAGAGGGAUUGCAGUCGCCGCCGCCGCCGCCGCCGGCGUCCAACCCACAAUAUCAGUACCAGAACGUUCCCUCGCCGUCAUCAUAUCCGCAGUUUCCAAAGGAGGCGGACAUGGGCAUCUAUGCUACUUACCCUGCAGCGUUCUCCGGAGGAUCCAAUUUAUAUUCGCCGCCACCCAUGGGAAUGUACGGAGUAUCGCCCACGACACCUCAAGUAAUUAACUUCCAGAACUGGGGACAGGCAGAUGAUGUCCAGUGCUUGAUAAGUUCCCCUCAAACCCCCUUCACCCCAUUCGGACAGCCACCUUUUGCGCAGCCAGUCUAUGGACAAGCAGGACAGGGACAGCCGCCCUUCGAAUGCUCUUCCCAGCGCGGCCCAUAUCGCGACAAGGUCAGCUGGCUUGGGAUAACAUUGUGGUCCCUGUCCAUUUUUUCAACCAUCGGGAGCGGGAUCUGGUUGGGUGUCGCCUUGAUUCAGCCCAAAUGGGGAAAGACAGUUUCCUCCGCUCAUGGAGCCCUUCCACCGUCGACAGCUUCUUUGCUCACUGCCCUGAUUGCCAAGUUGAUCGAAACCUCCUUCGUUGCCGUGUUUGUUGCCUCUGUUGGCCAGAUCCUUACGAAAAAGGCCUUUGAUGUUGGCAACAGAGGUGUUACGUUGGGCGAGUUCGGCAUGAAAAACUGGGUUGUUUCGCCAGGCUUGAUGUUCACGAAUAUCAGAUCCUGGAAGAAAGUGGGAUUUACCCCUUUGGGUGUUCUAUCAUAUAAUAACUUCCAAGCCUUCCUGUCCACAUGGUCAGACUUUGGCCGGAACAACACAAAGCCAGAGGGACGUUACAUGUCCAACAGGCCCCCAGUAACAGCAACGCUCUACGACAAUGUCACUGUCACAGGGACGUGGAUCAAUACCGAACAUAGUGACCCCAUGGCAAGCUACGAGAAGUACAAAAGAACUAUCAACAAUGUGACUCUAGCAGUUCCUCACCCUGGGGUGUACGACGCAGCAACAGAUCCCGUUAAUGAAAUACUUCAGCCCAGCGAUCUUUCCGGAGUCGGGGAAUACAGGUUAGCGGCAAGCGCGGUCAGCCCGGCGCUGAAUGUCCUCUGCGUGGGGAUGACCGAAGAGGAGCUUGCGCCUCUUGUAUACACAACAUGGCCUCAUGCCAACUUAACGGACGCGGAGCUCCCAGGCGAAAAGACAGGUGGGUUGAAUUGGUUAGACGAUGUCCCUCCAUCCAGCGAAAGUGAAUGGGUCAAUGGGACUGUUCUCAAUGCCACCGUUGUGGAUGACAUAUUUAGAUGGGGCAAAGGCUACCAACGACGACCACCGGUCUUUCAGAGGUUUCCGUCAGAAUACAACGUAAUUAUCAAUGCGACAGUCGCAAGUUCAAACGACUGGACCCACAAGUCAGGCUCUGUCUAUACACUCGUCAACAACAAUGCCACGGACGACUACACGUUGUGUGAGAUCCGGUCGUGGCUCUCCAUCAACUGUUCAACGCAUCUCAACAUCUCAGGGACGACCGGCGCUCAUAUGUCGGCAAACUGUGAAGAUGAACACGAUCCAGUCAGCUACCGCAAGUCAGUCCCGGGCGCUGUGGAGUUGGAUGAGUCUGACUGGAAGUGGUUAGCGCAAUCAUGGCAGCUAGCCAUUUAUAUGAACUCCGGGUUGACGACCCUCAAUUCUUCACGAGAUCGCAUACUGACUGCACUACCAUUGGAGGAUCACCAUCUCCCCAACAGUGUGCCAUCCCUCGCCGAAGUCCUGGCGGCACUUGUCAGUCCGACAUUGAUCUCUGGCUCUAUUAAGACACCUGUUGUUCACUAUUGGCACCCAGAGACGACACCCGUUGUUUUGCCGGGAUGGGAGAAUAACUUCAACGCCUCAAUCACGAAACAAGAGUACACGUCGGGCUCUGCCAUGGAGUGGCAACGCGCAUUCCUUUUGAUUCUGAUUAUGGGGUUUUUACUAAACUUGUUUUGCUUGGUUCAUUUGUUCAUUCAGCUCAGGGGUCGGCCGCUUACCGACUUCACGGAUCCUGCAAACUUGUUUGCCCUGGCCAUCAAUUCUCCUCCAAGUCAGGCACUGAGCGGAACAUGUGGAGGAGGACCCACAGGUUAUCAAUUGGAUGUGCCAUGGCGUAUCGGCUACUCAGAACAAUCAAACCACUACUUCUUUGAGGAAGCAACUGAAAAGAGGCAGAGGCUCAAGAGGAAGAAGGCAAUUGGCCGUCGGGAUAUGGUCACUUCGGAAAUGGAGCUGGUAGACUUCAAAGAUGGCGAUAUCAAGGCAAAAAUGGAUGACCCGAGGCAGAGCUAUGUCAAGUUGAGCAACCAUAAGAGCUGGCUGUAAGGUUGAUUAUCCGGAGGAAAUAAUGGUGCUGAUUCGGGACAGGACAUGUCGCAGCAUGGAUAUCUGCUGUCGGUAAUGCAAGGU